CCCUUCGUGCCACAAGCCUCCAAGUAUUAGGUUUUCAUACACUGCGCACAGUACGGUUUGAAAUGUGACUCAAAAUAAGCACUGGUGGAAUACUAUUCUGUGGCAGCUGAAGGACUUGUGUUUACACCUUUUUGAAAGGGAGAGGAAAGGCAGACCACCUUUGCCAUGCCAGUGGAUUUGUUUGCGAUUUUAUGCGUGAUUGCUACGGUUUACGCAGUAGAAGAGACAGUGAUGGACACGCGGACGGCAACAGCAGAGCUGGGUUGGAUAGCGUAUCCUGCCUCUGGGUGGGAGGAGGUGAGUGGCUACGAUGAGAACCUCAACACCAUCAGGACCUACCAGGUGUGUAACGUGUUCGAGCCCAGCCAGAACAACUGGCUCCUUACCACCUACAUCGACAGACGAGGGGCUCAGCGUGUCUAUGUGGAAAUGCGUUUCACCGUCCGUGAUUGCAGCUCCAUCCCCAGUGUCCCUGGCUCCUGUAAGGAGACCUUCAACCUCUACUACUACGAGACGGACUCGGUCAUCGCCACCACCAAGGGAACCGCCUUCUGGAUGGAAGCCCCCUACCUGAAGGUGGACACCAUUGCGGCUGACGAGAGCUUCUCCCAGGUGGACUUCGGUGGACGAUUGAUGAAGGUCAACACGGAGGUGCGGAGCUUCGGCCCACUGUCUCAUAAUGGUUUCUACCUUGCCUUCCAAGACUACGGGGCCUGCAUGUCUCUGCUGUCCGUACGUGUCUUCCAUAAGAAGUGCCCCAGCGUGGUGCAGAACUUUGCCAACUUCCCCGAGACCAUGACAGGCGCCGAGAGCACCUCCUUGGUCAUUGCCAGAGGCACGUGCAUCGCUAACUCCGAGGAGGUGGAUUUUCCCAUCAAGCUGUACUGCAAUGGAGAUGGGGAGUGGAUGGUUCCCAUCGGGAGCUGCACCUGCAAGGCUGGCUUUGAGCCAGACAACGGCAACGUCUGUAGAGCGUGUCCCCAAGGGACGUUCAAGUCCACCCAGGGGCCAGGGCUGUGUCUGCAGUGCCCCCCCAACAGCCGCUCCACUGUGGAGGCUGUCACCAUCUGCGGCUGCCGUAACGGAUACUACAGAGGAGACAUGGACCUGCCCGAGGCCUCCUGCACCAGUGUCCCCUCUGGUCCCAGAAACGUCAUCUCCAUCGUCAACGAGACCUCGGUGAUCCUGGAGUGGCAUCCUCCAAGGGAGACUGGCGCCCGUGAUGACGUCACCUACAACAUCGUGUGCAGGAAGUGUCGUGCAGACCGGCCAUCAUGCUCCCAUUGUGAUGACAACGUGGAGUAUGUACCCAGGCAGCAGGGUCUGACCGAGACCAGGGUGUUCAUCAGUAACCUGUGGGCCCACACCCCCUACACCUUCGAGAUACACGCUUUCAAUGGAGUCACCAACAAGAGUCCCUACCCUGCUCAGCACGUGUCCAUCAACAUCACCACUAACCAGGCUGCUCCCUCCAUGGUUCCCAUCAUGCACCAGGUUAGCUCCACCAUGAAGAGCUUCACGUUGUCAUGGCCACAGCCAGAGCAGCCCAAUGGAAUCAUCCUGGACUAUGAACUGAGGUACCACGAGAAGGACCACACUGAGUUGAAUUCGACCAUGGUGCGCAGCCAGACCAACACUGCCCGUGUGGAGGGCCUGAGGCCAGGCAUCAUGUACAUGGUACAGGUCCGUGCCAGGACGGUGGCAGGCUUCGGCAAAUACAGCAGCAAGCAGUUCUUCCAAACCCUGACAGAUGAUGAGUAUAAAUCAGAGCUAAGGGAGCAGCUGCCUCUGAUUGCAGGCUCAGCGGCUGCAGGAGUGGUCUUCCUGGUGUCCUUGGUGGCCAUCUCCAUCGUCUGCAGCAGGAAGAGAGCGUACAUGAAGGAGACUAUAUACAGCGACAAACUGCAGCACUGCAGUACAGGCAGAGAACACUCUCUGAGACCGGACAUGUCCAGCUGUCCCUCCCCCAUGGCAUGCCCCACCCACUUCUCUGGCUCGCCAGCGAUGAAGAUCUACAUCGAUCCCUUCACCUACGAGGACCCCAACGAAGCCGUCCGAGAAUUUGCCAAAGAGAUAGACGUAUCCUGUGUGAAGAUUGAGGAGGUCAUUGGUGCAGGCGAGUUUGGAGAGGUGUAUAAGGGUCGCCUGAAACCGUCUGGGAAGAGGGAGCUGUACGUGGCCAUUAAGACCCUGAAGGCGGGCUACGUGGAGAAGCAGAGAAGAGACUUCUUGUCUGAGGCCAGCAUCAUGGGCCAGUUUGACCACCCCAACAUCAUCAGACUGGAGGGCGUGGUCACCAAGAGCCGGCCAGUCAUGAUUAUCACAGAGUUUAUGGAGAAUGGGGCCCUGGACUCCUUCCUGAGGCAAAAUGACGGGCAGUUCACGGUGAUCCAGCUGGUGGGGAUGAUGCGUGGCAUCGCGGCGGGCAUGAAGUACCUGGCAGAGAUGAACUACGUCCACAGAGACCUGGCCGCCCGCAACAUCCUGGUCAACAGCAACCUGGUGUGUAAGGUGUCUGACUUUGGCCUGUCCCGUUACCUACAGGACGACACAUCAGACCCCAUCUAUACCAGCUCCCUGGGAGGGAAGAUCCCGGUGAGGUGGACAGCCCCUGAGGCUAUUGCCUACAGGAAGUUCACAUCAGCCAGUGACGUGUGGAGCUAUGGCAUUGUCAUGUGGGAGGUAAUGUCAUUUGGUGAGCGGCCAUACUGGGACAUGAGCAACCAGGACGUGAUCAAUGCCAUAGAGCAAGACUACCGUCUGCCCCCUCCCAUGGACUGCCCCACAGCACUACACCAGCUGAUGCUGGACUGCUGGCAGAAAGACAGAAACGCCCGGCCCAAAUUCACUGACAUCGUCAACACACUGGACAAGAUGAUCCGCAACCCUAUCAGCCUCAAAGCUGUGGCCACCAUCACUGCAGUGCCUUCUCAGCCCCUGCUAGACCGCUCCAUUCCAGACUUCACCACCUUCACCUCUGUGGAGGACUGGCUAGGUGCCAUCAAGAUGGGGCAGUACAGAGACAAUUUCCUGGGCUCUGGCUUCACCUCCCUACCCCUGGUGGCUCAGAUCAGCUCAGAAGACCUGUUGAGGAUAGGAGUGACCCUGGCCGGCCAUCAGAAGAAGAUCCUGAGCAGUGUCCAGUCUAUGAGGGACCAGAUGGCCCAGUCCCCCACCUCCAUGGCCUGACCACAGGGUGCGCCACCACCACCCAGAGACAACACACC